UGAUAAUUGUCCGUUGAGCUGAUUUGGGAUACGCAUUGGACUGUGAACUUUGAAAAUUCACCUUACGCCUGUCUGUAGUGCGGCGUCAUGGCACCGCCUAUAUUUGCUGUUCGCAACCUCACAUCUGCCGAUAUAACGAUCAAGACGGUUGAAGCUUUUGAAGACCCAGAUUCAAAGCAAUCAAGAGCCAGCGCAUUUUCCUUUGCACCGACCACCACGACGUUGCCGGCUCCCACUUCAAAUGCAAUCGAACAGCAUUCCAAGUCCUUCAAUCAAAAAAAUACAGAAAUUACCCUGUCUCCAUGCGACUCCUAUUCGUUGGAUGCUCAAAAUGAGCCUGGACACGAACAUGGAUCCUCUGCACAACUAUCAACCAUCAUGUAUCGAUUGACCAUCGAGAACGACAAAAGCGAACGUUUCCGGAUCGAUAUAAAUCCAACAUACACGCAGAAAUCAUCACACCUUCUAACACCUCUCACGCCAAAUCCAUCAACUAGUCUCACUGCACUCUAUCAUCCAACAACACCAAAAGCACAAGUAACCAUUCACGCCAACCACCUACACGAUCCAGCAACAUGGAUGUCGAAACUACCAUCAGAGCUACCUCUAUCAGCACUCAGCAUCCCCGGAACCCACAACUCUCACACCUACUACCGGGCCCUCCCAUCCGUGAGAUGUCAAGUUGUAGGCGUAAAAGCCCAACUGGAAAACGGCAUCCGCUUCCUCGACAUCCGCGUGCAACCCGUCCACGCCAGCGAUCCAGACCGAAACAAGGACCUCUACCUCGUACACGGCGCCUUCCCGGUCAGCCUCACAGGACCCAAAUACCUCACCCCAAUCCUGAGCACCUGCUACGAGUUCCUCUCCCAGCACCCCAGCGAAACAAUCCUGAUAUCCCUGAAGCGUGAAGGCGUCGGCAGCUCCACCGAUGCACACGUAUCCCAGAUCCUCUCCAAGCACUACAUCGGCCCCAACCGCGAGAAAUGGCACAUCGAGCCCACAAUGCCGUACCUCGGGGACGUCCGCGGCAAACUCGUCCUCAUCCGCCGCUUCGACCUACCGUCCUCCUCCUCAGACGACACCACACACGCCACAGCAACGACACCGCUCCCCCUCGGCCUCGACGCCACCUCCUGGCCUCACAACUCCACGCACGCCCUCCACGGCCCCUUCUGCGUCCAAGACUACUGCGAGAUCAUGCAGCCGACACAGAUCCCGGAUAAGCUCACACACAGCACAUCGCACCUCGCGCGCUCGGCGGCCGCCACAGCAUUCAUCCCGGGCGUCACGACCGACGCGGCGAACCCUGUUCCCCCCGGGCCGUUGUACCUGAAUUUCCUGAGCGGCAGCAACUUCUGGAACGUCGGGUGCUGGCCAGAGAAGAUUGCGAAGGUGGUGAAUAGGGGGGUGGAGGAGUGGGUUUGUGGGGAGAUGGGGUUGGGUGAGGGUGGGGAUGAGGGGGGAGUGAGGAGGAGGUUGCGGGAGGGGGAUGGAGGCGCGGGCGUCGUGGUUAUGGAUAAUGUUGGGGAUGGGGGGGAUUGGGAUCUCGUGAGGUUGAUUGUUGGGUUGAAUAUGGGGGUUGUGGGGAAGAUGUAG